UCAGCGGACAGCAGCGGCGGCGGCUGGACAGAGCUGAACAGGGUCGCGGACACCGGACCCCUGGCUCCCCAUCAGGCUACAGGCUCCGGGCCUGGGCCAGUCGGGCAGCUUUGAACCUAGCGCUUUGAAGGCGCUGAGACAGGGGUGCGCCCCACCACCCUGCCUCAGGAUCAUGGGGAAUGGCAUGACCAAGGUACUUCCUGGACUCUACCUUGGAAACUUCAUUGAUGCCAAAGACCCGGAUCAGCUGGGCCGGAAUAAGAUCACACACAUCAUCUCUAUCCACGAAUCACCCCAGCCCCUAUUGCAGGAUAUCACCUACCUUCGAAUCUCAGUGUCUGAUACUCCUGAGGUACCCAUCAAAAAGCACUUCAAAGAGUGCGUCCACUUUAUCCACUCUUGCCGCCUCAACGGGGGUAACUGCCUUGUGCACUGCUUUGCAGGUAUAUCUCGAAGUACCACCAUAGUGAUCGCCUAUGUGAUGACGGUGACUGGACUUGGCUGGCAGGAAGUGCUGGAAGCCAUCAAAGCCUCCCGGCCCAUCGCCAACCCAAACCCGGGCUUUAGGCAGCAGCUCGAGGAGUUUGGCUGGGCAAACUCCCAGAAGCUUCGCCGGCAGCUGGAGGAGCGCUUCGGGGAGAUCCCGUUCCGCGACGAGGAGGACUUGCGCGCGCUGCUGCCUCUCUGCAGGCGCUGUCGCCAGGGCUCGGCGACGUCGGCAGCGUCGGCCACCACAGCGUCCUCGGCCGCUUCCGAGGGGACCCUGCAGCGCCUGGUGCCGCGAUCGCCGCGGGAUUCACACCAGCCGCUGCCGCUGCUGGCGCGCGUCAAGCAGACUUUCUUCUGCCUCCCGCGGUGCCUGUCGCGCAAGGGUGGCAAGUGAGCUCCGUGUCCGCUGCUCCGCCCGUCCUGACGCCGCAGCCUUCGCGGGCGGCCGGGGCUUCCCGCGGCUGGGACGCACCCAAAGCCCGUGGGAGCCUCGCCCCUGCCCGUACCCACCACGCUUGUCUGCGUCUGUCCUCAGUGUCCGCUCUGUGAGUCUGUGUACGGCCGGUCUGCUGCAAACCACCUGGUGCCUUAGUCCGUGGACUCGAGAGAAGGGUCCUGGUCCUCCACCCCCACAGGCGGGGAGCAGGAGGGAGGGUCGGGUGGGGCGGAUCGGCCUGGAGGAGAUUAAAGAGACACAGAAGUUGCCUGGCCCGGUGCCUCUGGUCAUUCCGCAGAGCUUGGGCUCCAGGGCCUGCGGGAAGCAGGGCAGGGACAACUUCCAGGGGCCCUGGGAAGCGCCAUUCUCCACCAGUCUUCAGAGCUGAACUCCAAGACCACGCCCUUCUUUGAUGCCAGCCCAUCCCCCUCCAUCUCUCCAGAGGCCUGGACUCCUGACACCACCACCCUUGUGCCCCUUUUCUCUAGACCCUUCACCUCUCCGAAGCCCCUUCCUCUUCUCCAGUUCUCCUUCCCUCUCUGCACAGAUAACUGGUCAGUGUGGUCCAAUUGGUGGCGUUACCUUCACAUCAUCCUUUACUGUCUGAGAUGGCUUUAUCCUCAGGGAGAACACCCAGGCAGCUGGCCCAAGGGCACACAGCAAGGGCAAGUCAUUCCCAGUUGUGACAGUAGAGAGGAAACACCUCCUAGUGUGAAGGUUCCUGGAGAGAAAGACCUCGCAGAGUGCGAGAUUUUUUUUAAGGUUACCAAGCCAAUAAAACAGUAAGUAACCCUAUGGGUGAACAGAGGAGUGUGUCAUCAGAGCUGCUGACCUGAAAGAGCUCAAGUAGAUGCUUGGGGCUUCGUGGCUGAUGGGGAGGCAGAGAUCUCAGCACUGAGUUGAACCAAUGGUGAAAUGACCACACCAGCCUCUAAUUCUCCACUCACUCAAGUGUUCACACCGUGUGCUAGGCACUGUGCUGGGCCCUGGGGCUACCACAGUGAGCAAAGCUCUGCCUGUACGCUGCUGCUGACAUUCUAGGGAAGACACCAGAUAAAAG